AUCAUAUAAGGAGCUGUACCACGAUCACAACUUGGGUCCUGUGUGAUACAGAUGGGGAUUCUCUUCAGUCCUACCUGUCUCAUUUAGCUAUCUGGAAUUUUUACCAUGAAGUCUUCCGAGUUACCUAACCCAGAACGAAAGAGUCUCGAUACCCUGAAUGUCCCGCAUACUAUUGUCCGGGAGGCCACAAGUGCGGAAACCCUGACUGUUCCUCAUGCAGGCAUCGCCUCUCCUCCUGGCAAAGAUGCGGAAUGGAGCAUGACCCCGCAGGUUAUCCGAAGCCAGGAACGUGAGGUUGCGGCUGGCUUCAAGAGGCGAGAGCUAGGUGUGACCUGGGAGAACCUCAGCGUGGAGGUUCCCGCGGCGGAAGCGGCAGUCAACGAGAACUUGUUUUCCCAGUUCAACUUGCCCCAACGGAUCCGAGGCAUUGGUCGUAAACCGCCUUUGAAGUCAAUUUUGACGGAAAGCCACGGUUGUGUUAAGCCGGGUGAAAUGCUCCUCGUCUUGGGGCGCCCGGGUUCGGGAUGCACGACUCUCCUCAAUCUCCUCUCCAAUCGCCGCCUUGGUUACCACACCAUCCAGGGGAACGUCUGGUUUGGGGACAUGACCCAUGAAGAAGUGGCUCAAUAUCGGAGCCAUAUCGUGAUGAACACCGAAGAGGAAUUAUUUUACCCCCGUUUAACCGUUGGCCAGACCAUGGACUUCGCCACUCGACUGAAAGUUCCCGCUCACCUUCCAGAUGGUGUCAAGUCAGUGGAAGAAUACACCGCCAAAACCAAGAAGUUCCUCCUGGAGUCAAUGGGUAUUUCACAUACCGCCGAUACUAAGGUGGGAAACGAGUUUGUGCGGGGCGUGUCAGGAGGAGAACGAAAGCGAGUAUCAAUUAUCGAAUGCCUGGCAACAAGGGGAUCAGUCUUCGCCUGGGAUAAUAGUACUCGCGGUCUUGAUGCUAGUACGGCGUUGGAGUGGGCUAAAGCUUUACGAGCGAUGACCAACGUUCUCGGACUCACCACAAUAGUGACCCUGUAUCAGGCGGGGAACGGAAUUUACAACCUCUUUGACAAGGUUCUCGUCUUGGACGAGGGAAAGCAGAUCUUCUAUGGUCCUGCAGCUGCAGCGAAGCCAUUCAUGGAGAACCUAGGAUUCGUCUAUACAGAUGGAGCUAAUAUCGGCGACUUCCUGACAGGCGUGACCGUCCCUACUGAGAGGAAGAUCAAGCCAGGCUAUGAAAAUAGGUUUCCUAGGAAUGCCGAUGCUAUUUUGGCGGAGUAUAAGAAAUCGGCUGUUUACAGCAACAUGAUAGCCGCAUAUGAUUAUCCCACGACCACGGUUGCUCAUGAACGGACGGGGGCGUUCAAGGAGUCUGUUGCGUUUGGAAAGACUACCCAUCAGCCGAAGAAUAGUCCGUUUACGACGAGCUUCGGGACUCAGGUCAUAGCAUGCACGCGGCGCCAAUACCAGAUCCUGUGGGGUGAGAAAUCUACAUUUUUGAUCAAGCAGAUUCUGUCCCUGGUUAUGGCCUUGAUCGCCGGCUCCUGUUUCUACAACGCCCCACAAACCUCCGCUGGCCUUUUCACCAAAGGAGGUGCUGUCUUCUUCUCGCUUCUGUAUAGUACCAUUGUUGCCAUGUCUGAGGUUACGGAAUCUUUCAAGGGGCGACCUGUGCUUGUGAAGCAUAAAUCAUUUGCUUUCUACCACCCAGCUGCAUUCUGCCUAGCCCAGAUCACGGCAGACUUUCCGGUGCUGCUAUUUCAGUGCACGAUCUUUGCAGUCGUGAUAUACUGGAUGGUUGGAUUAAAGGCCACUGCUGCAGCCUUCUUUACCUUCUGGAUCAUCCUUUUUAGCACAAUUUUGUGUAUUACAGCAUUGUUUAGAUGCAUCGGAGCGGCCUUUAGUACCUUUGAAGCUGCAUCAAAAAUCUCUGGCACUGCUAUAAAGGGCAUCGUGAUGUAUGCUGGCUACAUGAUCCCCAAGCCCAAAGUCAAGAACUGGUUCCUGGAGCUGUACUACACCAACCCUAUGGCCUAUGCUUUUCAAGCUGCCCUGUCUAAUGAAUUCCAUGACCAGCACAUUCCAUGUGUUGGCAAUAACUUGGUUCCGCAUGGGCCUGGAUAUGAGGAUGCUGACUCUGCCAACAAAGCGUGUACCGGUGUGGGUGGUAGUCUGCCAGGUGCAGACUACGUAACCGGCGAUCAAUACCUCUCAUCGCUGCACUACAAGCAUUCUCAACUAUGGAGGAAUUUUGGCGUUGUCUGGGGGUGGUGGGGCUUCUUCGCCGUGCUCACGAUUAUCUGCACUACGUUCUGGAAAGCUGGUGCUGGAGGGAGUGCUUCCUUGCUGAUUCCACGCGAGAAGCUCAAGCAGCAUCAAAACAGCAUGGACGAAGAGUCACAGAUCAAGGAGAAGGGGCAAGCCAAAGCUUCCACUGGUGACUCAACUGCAGAGGUGGAUGGCAAUCUCUCCCGGAAUACAUCCGUCUUUACAUGGAAGAACCUUAAGUAUACCGUCAAAACACCCUCCGGCGAUCGGGUCCUGUUGGAUAAUAUCCACGGCUGGGUCAAACCAGGAAUGCUCGGGGCUUUGAUGGGCUCUUCCGGAGCCGGCAAGACGACAUUGCUUGAUGUUCUUGCCCAGCGAAAGACCGAGGGCACUAUCACUGGGUCUAUCAUGGUCGAUGGCCGCCCACUACCUGUUUCUUUCCAAAGAAUGGCCGGGUAUUGCGAGCAACUGGACGUUCACGAACCCUACGCCACGGUGCGGGAAGCCCUGGAAUUCUCUGCGCUGCUGCGUCAGCCCCGAACGACCCCCAAGGCCGAGAAGAUCCAGUACGUCAACACAAUCAUUGACCUCCUCGAGCUCCACGAUCUGGCAGACACCCUCAUUGGCACAGUUGGCAAUGGCCUUAGCGUAGAGCAAAGAAAACGUGUAACCAUUGGAGUGGAACUUGUGUCCAAACCGAGUAUCUUGAUUUUCUUGGAUGAGCCUACUUCUGGUUUGGACGGACAGUCUGCUUACAAUACCGUUCGAUUCCUCCGCAAACUGGCCGAUGUUGGUCAGGCUAUUCUUGUGACCAUUCAUCAACCCUCUGCCCAACUAUUCGCCCAGUUCGAUACCCUCCUCCUUCUUGCACGAGGCGGUAAAACCGUGUACUUUGGCGAUAUCGGGGAUAAUGGACACACCAUCAAACAGUAUUUCGGCAAGUACGGCGCGCAAUGCCCUGUUGAGGCCAACCCAGCCGAGUUCAUGAUUGACGUGGUCACCGGAGGCAUUGAGAGCGUUAAAGACAAGGAUUGGCACCAGGUCUGGCUUGAAUCGCCUGAGCAUGGAUACAUGACCACCGAGCUUGAUCGGCUGAUUUCCGAGUCUGCCUCCAAGCCCUCCGGUGUGAAUGACGACGGAUGCGAGUUUUCGAUGCCACUCUGGGAACAGACGAAGAUCGUCACCCAGCGAAUGAACGUCGCUCUAUUCCGAAACACUAACUAUGUCAACAACAAGUUCUCGUUGCAUAUUAUUUCGGCUCUGCUGAACGGUUUCUCAUUCUGGAGGGUCGGUCCUAGUGUGACAGCCUUACAGUUGAAAAUGUUCACCAUCUUCAACUUCGUGUUCGUCGCCCCAGGAGUGAUCAACCAGCUUCAGCCUUUAUUCAUCCAGCGGCGCGAUAUCUACGAUGCUCGAGAAAAGAAAUCUAAGAUGUACUCCUGGAUCUCCUUCGUCAUCGGCCUAAUUGUAUCCGAGUUCCCAUACCUCUGCGUAUGUGCAGUCUUAUACUUCGUCUGCUGGUACUACUGCGUACGCCUACCUCACAAUUCCAACAAGGCGGGAGCCACCUUCUUCAUCAUGCUCAUCUACGAAUUCAUCUACACCGGAAUUGGCCAGUUCAUCGCCGCCUACGCACCCAACCCAACAUUCGCAGCACUCGUGAACCCCAUGAUCAUCAGCACCCUGGUACUCUUCUGCGGCAUCUUCGUCCCAUACACCCAGCUCAACGUGUUCUGGAAAUACUGGCUCUACUACCUCAACCCAUUCAACUACGUAGUUGCCGGCAUGCUAACCUUCGACAUGUGGGACGCCAAGGUCACCUGCAACGAGAACGAGUUCGCAUUGUUCGACCCGACCAACGGCACCUGCGGCGACUACCUGAAAGACUACAUGUCCGGCCAAGGCUGGCGCGUCAAUCUGACCAACCCGGACGCCACCUCGAGCUGCCGGGUAUGCGAAUACCGCCACGGAAGCGAUUUCUUGUCCACGCUGAACAUCAACCAUUACUACUACGGGUGGCGCGAUGCCGGAAUCACGGUCAUCUUCGCGAUCAGCGGGUAUGCAUUGGUGUUUGCCCUGAUGAAACUUCGGACGAAGGCUUCCAAGAAGGCGGAAUAGAUGCUUGCCGUGUCGCUCCGUAGAUGCCGGGUUGGUGUGUCUGGGUGCUAGGACCAGCUCUGACUGCAUCUUGCACCGAAUGAAGUUGGAGAAGUUGAAGGGACAGUACUCUGUCCCCUGUAUGUAUUGUACAGUUGUUUUGUUUGGCGUAUAGAGGUUCAGUUUGAUAGAAUACACAAUAGAGUAUAGAAC